AUGGACAUGGACUACAUGGACCCUUACCGCCGAUACGCCGUUCAGAUGCAGGGCUAUCAUGGCAUCCAGCAACAAACACAGCCCCAGGACCACCAGUAUCCGUAUUGGAGUCAGCAUAUGGUGGCCUACUACCAACAACACCAGCAAAGAGCAGUGAUGAUGGGACAGGGAGGCAUGCACAUGUCCAAACAGACAGAGCCCAAGCCAAGACUGGCAAAGGACGAGGUGGAAUUGUUGGAGCGCGAAUUCAACAAGAACCCCAAGCCAAACAGCAGCACCAAGCGCGAGCUCGCUGAGCAAAUGGGAGUGGAGGUUCCCAGGAUCAACAAUUGGUUCCAAAACCGCCGGGCAAAAGAGAAGCAGAUGAGAAAGACAGCCGAAUUCGAGGCGCAACAGGCAAGAGAAAAGGAGGCUUCGGAGGUCAAGGAAUCCGGUGACCAAGAGCAGGGUACCGUGACCGAGUUCUACGGCCUGAGCAACCAGCACCAACCUCUUGGGUUAUCAACUGCCAAGUUUGGGGGGAGCGAUGAUGGCACUGAUAGCGAUGAUGGCGCUUCAGGACCACAGCCUCUCAUCGAGUCAGCGGGCGCUUCAUCCACAGUAACGCCUGGAGGUGACACUCCAGUAAGCCCAGGGAGUGAUUACGUUCACGUCAAGUAUGAACACGUCAAAUCGCCCGUUCACCGCUCACAAGACACAUCGGACCUUGACCAGCCGUCAACAGCCAUGAGCGCGUUCACCACGCCCCAACAGGAGAUCAACUUUCAGCAGCCGACGCCUUUCAGCUUCAGGCAGGCGAACCCGGAGCUUUUGGAUGGCUUGUCGGGCCAUGAGCUGCACAGAGUCCAAAGCCAGGAUCAUAUCGAUACAGGGGAAACAAGUCACUUCGGCUCGUUCCCUGACCGAGACUAUUUUGCGUCACCUCCCAUCCCGCGCUUCCCGUCUGAAAUGAUACCCGAAAACUUGGUCAGCGCCGAAACCGAGCUUCUCCAACGCCGAGUAUCCGAGGAAAAUUUGGUGAAAUGUGAAGCUCUGUCGCCGACUUCCUUGCCCGAGUCGCCCUUGACACUGUCAGACUUGCGCUUCAAAUCCCCACCACCCCCAGCUGAUAUCGCUGGCCGCAGGAAAUUGCGACGUCCAGCGCCUCUCGGACCAUCCUCCUUGAGAGGUGGCGCUGGGCCGAAGGCGGGCAUUGAAGCUCCUCGAAGAUCAGAAACAGCAAGCCCGAUGAGACGCAUCUCUUCCGCUACGGGAGGCCUAGGUGGGCGCGUACAAAAGUCGUUCAUGGGACCAGGUGGACCGAGGUCCCCGUUUGCGAUGGAGCGCAACAAGGAGGCGCUUCUUCAGAGUCUCCAGGACGGCCAAUCUCCCGCAAUGGCUUCUUUGAACAGCGCCAUGUCACCGUUGAGCCCUGGGGGACACAAUCAGAGCGCGCGCGAAGGAACAGUUGGUAUCAGUUCUUCAGAUGAAGAGGCUGGCUUUGCGUAUGGGUCCCUUGGUGCCGUGGGCGGGUUUUCCAUGUAUAAAUCCGAGGCCACCAUGAAGACACCACCAGGGACUCCGGGUCUACAAAUGGGUAUGCAAGACGCAUACUUCACAGGCUCCAUGGACCACGCCUGGAACUUCGCCCCACAGGACGAACCCCUUCCCACGCCAAGCCUCUGCAGCCACGGGGGAUCCGAGCUUGAGUUCUCGAUGGCGCCUCAGAUGCCUGGUUAUGUGGCCAGCCAGCCUGUGACACCCUCAUUUCCGCCACAGUCCAUGGGCCCAACAUACAACGGUUUUUUUGGCCCUUCGCUCGCCCAAACCGAAUAUCACUUCCCCGACUCUUAUGCAACUGAGCCAUCAGCACGAUCUUCGCCCACCAACAUGCCACGAUCGAAGCAGUUCCAGUUUGCUCAAAAUAUCACCCCCCAGGACUUCAGUGCGGACAAGUCAUAA